GGGCAGGGAGGUCCCAGCUAAGGAGACCCCACUGCUACUGCCACUACAAUUGGGAGCGAGGAGGAGCAGGCUCACAAGAUCCUAUCCCUGACGACCCUACAAAAAUACUCUGCACAAAUUUUCAAAAACAUCCUUGUCUCCUGUCACCUGCUGAGACACUUCAUGUUCUGGUCACCUCUGAAACCUGGGGGCAGGUCGUAAAGAGGGUGGAGUCUCAGGGAAAGAAAAUGAAGCUCCAGGACGCCUGGGUCCACAUCCGGGUGCCCAGAGAUGUCGCCGCCACUGCUGCUGCUGUCCCUGCUGCUGCUGACGCUGCUGGAUGUGGAGCCCAAUGGAGCCACACUGAUUCGGGUCUCUCUUCGCCGAAUCCACCCAGGACGCAGGACCCUAAACCUACUGAGGAGAUGGAGAGAAUCAGCAGAGCUCUCCAGUUUAGAGGACUCAUCUCCUGGGAGCAAGCCUGGCCUUGUGCCUCUCUCUGAUUUCUUGGAUGUCCAGUAUUUUGGGGAAAUUGGGCUGGGAACACCUCCACAGAACUUCUCAGUUGUCUUUGACACUGGCUCCUCCAAUCUCUGGGUCCCAUCAAGGAGAUGCCACUUCUUCAGUGUACCCUGCUGGUUCCACCAUCGCUUCAAUCCAAAUGCCUCUAGCUCCUUUCGGCCCAAUGGGACCAAGUUUGCCAUUCAGUAUGGAAGUGGACGGCUGAACGGAAUCCUGAGCGAGGACAAGCUGACUAUUGGGGGACUCAAGAGUGCAUCAUUGGUUUUUGGGGAAGCUCUGUGGGAGCCCAGCCUGACCUUUACUUUUGCCCACUUUGACGGGAUAUUGGGCCUUGGUUUUCCCAUUCUGGCCGUGGAAGGAGUUCGCCCUCCGCUGGAUGUAUUGGUGGAGCAGGGGCUACUGGAUAAGCCUGUCUUCUCCUUUUACCUCAACAGGGACCCUGAUGUGGCUGAUGGAGGAGAGCUGGUUCUGGGGGGCUCAGACCCAGCACACUACAUCCCACCCCUCACCUUUGUGCCAGUCACAAUCCCUGCAUACUGGCAGAUCCACAUGGAGCGUGUGAAAGUGGGCACAGGGCUGACUCUCUGUGCCCAGGGCUGUGCUGCCAUUUUGGAUACAGGCACAUCUUUAAUCACAGGACCCACUGAGGAGAUCCGGGCCCUGAAUGCAGCCAUUGGGGGAAUUCCUCUGCUGCCUGGGGAGCAUCUUAUUGAGUGCUCGGAAAUCCCAAGGCUCCCCCCAGUCUCCUUCCUCCUUGGAGGAAGCUGGUUCAACCUCACGGGCAAGGACUACGUCAUCCAGAUUACGUGGGGUGGCUUCCAUCUCUGCUUAUCCGGCUUCCAGCCCUUGGACAUGCCUUCACCUGCAGGCCCCCUCUGGAUUCUCGGUGACGUCUUUUUGGGAGCGUAUGUGGCAGUCUUCGACUGCGGGGACACAAACUCCGGUGCCAGGGUGGGCUUUGCGCGUGCUCGUCCUCGCGGGUCGGCCGGGCGAGGGGGCGGGCGGGUGCAAGCGCGGGUGUCAGGUUGACGCCCGGGUUGAGCGCAGGCGCACAGGACGGUAUUGGACCCAGUAAAAAUCCGCUAUUUCCAUAGAACGAACCUGCCUGGGUUAUUUCUUUUCAGUGUGUGAUUUUUAGAGGAAAAAUUAAAGGCUGGGCCUCCGAAGUUAGGAAGAGAGGGAAGGGAAAUGCAUCAUCCCUUUUUUCUAAGACUCAGUGGUGAGAGGUUCUUGUACUACGAAUCCCAUGAAGCCCCUUGCCUACACUGCCCCUUGUAAAAGGCUCCCGGUACCGCGGAGCAUUACGGACCAUGUAGUCCAUGCAGUGUUAAUGUUCUGGCGGGGGCAGGCGCAGCCACAACAUGCGUGGGAGGCGACAGGUCGCGGCAGCGGCGACAGGUGGCGGGGUGGGGGGUGGUGGUGGAUGAAAUCGGUAAAGCCUUACCCAACCUUUGUUCUAAGCGGAGGGGAUACCAUUCCCGCGGACCUCAUCGGCUGUUCCUUCUCUUUCCUCUUGGGGUUCCGGGACCCCUGGGUCCGCCAUAAAGGAGGAGCUUGAAGCCCCGGGCUUGGGGGAGCAGUCCUGCCCCUCCUCCGGCGGUGAUGUCACUACCCCCUCCGCAGCCUCUUGCUGCCCAGAGCUGCCAGGGAUGGGUCACCCCUCCCCCAUCUCCAGCUCGGGAUACCCCUAUCCCCGCCUCGCCUCGACUUGGGGUGAGUACGGGGGAGGGGGCAAAAGCUCAGGGUACGGAGACGGUACGAUAGCCAAAAUCUCAGUUUUGGAGGCGAGGGACUCGGGAGACGGAGACUCAAAGAUUAGAACAGAGAAAUUCCCCUCGAUUCUGAGCUUUGGGGGCCAAGGUACUUGGAGGGUCUCGGGGGACCAAAGAGGGAGUAAACAGGGAGUCCCCACGUUUUUAGCUUUAGUGCCCGGAGUUCCCUUUUUCUGAAUUUGGAGCUGAUAGGAAUGGGGGAGGAGGAACAAGGAAGGGGUCCUAGAAGUCAGGGACCUUCCCCAAUACUAGGCCUUGGGGAAUGGGGAGGUGCUGGAAGGGGGCGCUGAGGAUGACGGAGGUGGGAGUUGAAGCUUUCAGCAAUUCUGUGCCUGAGGGCCUGGGAAAGGAGGAGUUGGGGAGGGGGGGAGAGAAAAGGAUCUGAAAACAUAGACAGAUAAUUGGCCUCUGUCCUGCUGUCCAUCACCAACGAUUGAGUUUGGUUCCCCUGUCUACGGUGUUCUGUAAUUCGAGCCCCCAUUGUGCCUCCAGAAGUCCCUCUAAUGGGUGGGUGGGGAAUCUAGGCUCUGGUGAGGCGGGGUGAGGGCCAGGAGGGAGGCAUGGCAUCAAAAUUUCCCAGGCCUGAUGGAGCCUGGACUAUCCUGUUACUCCUUGCUCACUGCCUCUUCCUGCCUCCCAUCUUCUCUAAUCCUGAGUCUCAUCCUAUAUUCUCCCCUGUUCCAGCUCCUUCCCCCCCCCACCAACCCUCACCUUUUCCCACAUCUGAUCUCUGCAAAAAAAAAACGCUGAUUUGGUAACUUGAUCUCGUGCCUGGCUGCUGUUAAAAGCAGAAGAGAGAGAGAGAGAGAAAAGAAAAAAGAAGAAAAAAAAAAAACAAAAAGAAAAAAGAGAGAAACAAAACAAAAAAAGCAGAAGAGAAAAGUUGGGUAGGGGGACAGUUAAAGGGAGGAUGGCUAACUCAUGUCCUUACCCUAAGGCCUAUCCUCUACUCCUAGCACCUAGGGCUACCUGCCUCUGCUCCAGCCUCCACUUUUUCAGGAGACUUACUCAACCCCAGCCCGGUGCCUCACCUCAAGCAAGAUUCAUGGCUUCUGGCUGGGGGCACAUCAGGGAUGUGCAGGAGGGCAGGGAUGGGCAGGACUUGCCUAAGUCUUUUCUCUGCCUUUGUGGGUCCUACAGAGGCUUAAUGGCUGGCCAAGGAUCCUGGAUACUGGACUGGAGGUAGUGGGUGAGCCCAAUGAGAGAAAUGAGCUUUCUGGUCUGUGGGACAGGCCCCACUUCUGUAACUCUUUGCAGUGACGCAGUACUGGCCAAGAUAGGGAUUUGAAGUGGUGAUGGGAGAGCUUCUGAGAAAGGAAAACAGAUCCAGAGAAAGGUGACAGAGAAAAAGAGCAGUGGACAGAGACCUAGAGAGAGAGACAGACACAAAAGGGGGUGAGGCCUGAGAGAAAUAGAUACCCAGAGAGGAGAGAGAGGACAGAUAGCUAGAAAGAGGAAGUACAGAGACUGAGGGGGUAAAGAGAUGGAGGAGGGGGGAAAUAUAGGUGGGAAAGGGAGAAGAGGAAGGGAGGUCAUCAGAGAACAAAGGGAGUAGACAGAGAUCCUGAUGAAAGGGCAGAGAUCCAGAGAGGGGGAAGGACAGCCUGGGAAGGGGAGGGAGACAGAGACACAAAGAGGGGGCAAAGACUCAGGGAGAGGGGAACAGAAUCCCAGAGAGAGAGGCACACCCUGAUAAAAAGGAACUGAAAAACCAAGAGAGAGGCUCGGAGCAGCGGGUAGGACAGAGAUCUAGAGAGAGGAAGGGCAAAGACUCAGAAAGAGGGGGACAGAUAUUCAGAGACCCAGAGGGAGGGCAGAGACUCAGAGGUGGGACGGAGACGGUGGGACAAAUACUCAGAGAAGGGUGGCGCCUAUGGCUCUAGGAGUAGGGCGCCGGUCCCAUAUGCCGGAGGUGGUAGGUUCAAACCUAGCCCCGGCCAAAAACCAAAAAAAACCAAAUACUCAGAGAAAGGGGAGAAGAAGGGACACCAAGAGACACAGAAACGGGAGCAGGUGUGGGGUGGGAGGCGAUACAAACCAGCUGCUGCCUCUGCUGAAGGAGGCGGCGGGCCAGGGACGCUGCAGCCAGAUGAUGCCCGCAGCCCCCUGACCCGCCCCCUUCACUCCCACAGGCACCGCCUGCUCCCACCGCAGCCCCAGCCGCAGCUCCUGGCCCCGCCCCAACCCCUGCACCUGCGCUCUGCCUCCGGCGUCUAGGACAGCCCAGGAGGUGUGGCCAGCCCGCUCCCCGGCUGUCAGCCUAGUUCUGGCCCCGCCCCUAACUCGUUGUCCCUCUAGCAGCCCCAGCCUCUCAGCUACCUAACCCGCCCCAUUUUCCAGUAGUCCCGCCUGUUGCCAUUGUAUAGUCUGUACUAUAGACGGUGGUUCCAGGCACUUUAGCCUUUCCCCUCUUCCCACCUUUCUGCCUCCCUUUGUGCUCCCUCCUCACCAGUCCUUACUGGUCCCUUGGUCCUCCAAUCUGCAGCCCGCCGUUGUCUAGGCUUCGUCCUCUUUCCUCCACCAGAUGGAAGUUCUCGCCCAGUAAGGCCUCUCUGACCUUCAGUCAGGCCUCUCUCUCAGGUUCUCUUAUCCCUAAGACUCUCCAUUCCAGGUCCCUUCUCUUUGUCCAGCCCGGUAGCUUUGUACUCUUUGCAAGUCUCACUUUUCCCCUAGCGUCCCCCUCUCCCGUUCCUCCACCUUUUCUUAGCGCUGCCCCGCCUCCACUUACUCUAGUUGCUUUCGAGCCCUUAAAGCCUCCCUUCUCCCUUAGUCUCGCCUUCCUACAGCCUAUUCAAGACGUUUUCUACGAUCUGUAGACCCCACCUACCUUCCCCAAUCCCGCCUCAUCCAUCCAGACAGUCAUUCUCCCAGCCUGGCCCGGUCUAACUAGGCCAAACUUGCAGCCUCCGCCCUGCCCCUUCUUUACCUCACCCCUCGUUAGUCCUAACCAGACUCUCUGAGGUUUCCAGGUCUCGCUCAUCUCCACCCCGUUCUCACCGGGUCUCAGUCUCAUUUCCUCUCGCCAGGUCUCUUUUCAGUGCAGCCCAGUCCCAUUCUCAUGGAAAGUGCUUCAUCUCCACUUCCCGCCCUAGUUCAGUCCCGCCCCCUCACUCGCCUCAGUCCAAUCUGAACUGUUUCUACCUUUUUCGAUCCGCCCCUUCUUGAGGUCCGUUCCGCCCCUUCCAAGCAAUUUUCCUUCUCACCAGGUCCUGCCAACCGGAGGUUUAGGUGCAGGGGGUUGUUCUCUUUCCUCGCUCCCUUUCCAGUCUAAUCUGGACAUCCUUUCACAUUGUAGUCCCGCCCCUCUAGGCUGGUCGGGCUCCUUUAAAUAGCUUGGACUUCCCCUCGCUCUGUCACGCUAGUCCCUUUUUUCAGUUCGGUCAAGUCUCUUUCUCAUAUCUAGUCCCGCCUUCCCCAUUUUCCCGGUGCUGCGGAACCCAAUAUUAGUUGCCCUUGCCGCACUUUGCCGCCCGCCCCGCCUCUGGGUCUCCUCUAGCGGCUGGGCCGCG